UCAACGUAAUUUAUUUGAAAAGGCAUUACUUUAUUACACUUUUCAAAAUGGUCUUAACAUUUGUCAUAAUUAGUUAAAGCAAUUCAUUUGUAUCCGCUCUCGCCUGACUUCGGCUGCAUAUUUUCUGCCAUUUUCUUAAAAUCUGAAAAGUUAUGAAGCCACACCCAUGUCCUGCAGAAUGGCAUUAGCUUGGGUGCUUGACUGCGGUUGUAAGGUCAGAACGCUCAAAUCAACCAUACUCCUCCACCCGAACAAUCCAGUGUGUGCACAAACAGACAAUGCUCUGAAUUUAUGAGCACACUCCCAGCACUCCUGAUUGAAUUUAAGAACACACACGAAGAAGUCUUAAAAUGUCAAACUACUCAUUUGUUAUUCUAACUAGAUAGCAAGAGGUUGCAUAGCAACAGCAUCAACUUCCAGUAGACAGAUGAAGAGCUAGUAAGCUCAACUGAAAGGAUACUUUAAUGACCUGACUAGAUCAUAAAGGACCAAUUGUCCAGACAGAGGAUUGGGUUUACGAAUUGACGGUUUAUUAAACCAACUUUACACAGGCUACUGUUUGGCCGUAGCCCACGCCGAAUAAAUGAAAGACAACCCACAAGCCAAUCGUGACCUUCUCUUGUGAAGCCCAGACGUAAGAGAGAGAAAAAAGGCUAAACCUGGUCUUAACUUCCAAUGCUCCAUCCCCCUGCCCAACCCCCCUCCGCCAACCGCUAGGAUGACCGGCAUCAGAACAUUCCAGGCAUUCCCGUGAUUGGCAGAUAGGAGGUUGAUUGGCAUGUCGGACCCCGCGAACACUGGGUACUGGGCACACAAGCGAUACAGUGAACUCCUCUCCAAAGAGGACAGAAACCUCACCAGUGUGCCCAUGGAGAAAGUCCUUUCACUGCCAGAACUCAAGUCCAACCCUUUCAGGAAAAGGAUCUGCCAUGUAUUCUCAACAUCUGAUAUGAAAGAUGGAAGUCUCACCUUUGAGGACUUUCUUGAUCUCUUGAGUGCCUUCAGCGAUUCAGCUACACUGGAAAUCAAGUCCCACUAUGCAUUCCGCAUUUUUGACUUUGAUGACGAUGGCACUCUGGAUGGUGGGGACCUGGAGAAGCUGGUGAACUGUUUGACUGGUAAGACUGAAGACACAAGGCUUACACCUGAAGAGAUGAGGCAGCUCAUCAGCAAUAUUCUUGAAGAGUCAGAUAUAGACAAAGAUGGGACAGUAAAUCUGUCAGAGUUCCAACAUGUUAUCUCCAGGUCACCAGAUUUCGUCAGUUCUUUUAAGAUUGUGCUGUGAAGUCUACGAAUAACACACCAGGAUAUGGAUGCUUUGGAUUCUGUUCUAUUCAUACUAAGAGGACCUCUUCUAUUUUUUUCCAUUGUAAUACCAAUAACCCCCCCCCCCCCCCCCCCCCCCAACAACCAAAAAAUCAACAAUCAACAACCAACAAUCAACAAUCAACAAUCAACAACCAAAAAAGACAAAGGCUUAAUUCAUAAAGGUCAUGUUAACUGACUGGUAUCUGAUAUAACAAAACAUAAGAUCUCCUCAGACCUUACUUUCUGCAUUUAUUCCAAAACCCUAUUCUUUCCCCAUUCAUUUUUCACAGGGAUGGCUGAACAAACCAAAGGUAACUAAUUUCCUGGGUUUUAGGACUACACGCUGGCGAGCUCUGAUAAUUCAAGUUUUUACCGGUUAAACGUCCAUGCAGCAUCUGCAUACCAACCAUUUGAUCUCAUCAGCUUCAUGGGAUAUGCAUUUAGAUCUUCAUGUUAUUGUUUUGAAUUAUGGGCUAGUGAGCAAAUUUUAGAGCAGCUGUUAAACUGUAGCAUAGUUUAGGCUGUGUUUUUGCCAAGUGGCCACAUGGAUUAUUUUUGUUGUUGUCUGACAGUAAUGUUAUUAGGUUCUGUUUUGUAGAAUACCAUCAUUGUGAUCUUGCAGACAUUGAAUCAGCUUUGAUCAAACUUUAUUAAACAAGCUCCAUUAGCCAGAGUAGCCUGUUCUCUGAGUAGGACAGAGUGUGCAUAAAGUAGAGAAUUUCUGGGGGGGAAAAGGUUUGGGAAAGUCUGAUCCACAACCUAAAUGAUAUUUGUAUGUGUAGAUUAAUAUUUUCUGUUAAAUGUAUUUCUACAUCAUGUCAGUGCUCUCAAUGGAAACUUUUUAAAAUAUAUAAAAAGUAAUCAAGU